AUGGAGGCUUCUCCAUGUGUCAGUAACAAAGCCUUCUCAACCCAAGAGCAAUGCAUUGAAGACCAUUUCUCUGCUUUGCUCCACUUGAAACAGGGCUUUUACUUCUACAACACCACUACACUCUCCUCGUGGAAUCCUGAUAAUAGGGAUUGCUGCUCUUGGGAAGGCAUCACCUGCGAUGGUGCCACUGGUCACGUGACCAGUCUCGACCUCAGCGAGCUCCAUAUCUUCGGUCGGAUUGAUUUUGUAAGCCUCUUUCGUCUUCAGAGCCUGCAGAGGCUCAACCUCGCUUACAAUGACUUUGAUCCCUCUCCAAUCCCAUCUGGGUUUGAGCAGCUCACCAGUUUGACCCAUCUCAACCUCUCUUGGUUGCAAUUUUAUGGCCAAAUCCCGCUGGAAAUCUCCCGCUUGACCACUUUGGUGUCCCUCGAUCUAUCUUACAACGCACACUCGGAGAUUCUGAAACUCGAAAACCCGAACAUUGGAGCACUCGUCCAAAACCUGUCCAGUCUGAGAGAACUGUAUCUUGAUUAUGUAGAAAUCACUUCUGAGGGUAGCGAGUGGGGCCUGGCCUUAUCCUACGCACUCCCUUUUCUCCGCGAGUUGAGCUUGAGCUAUUGUGGUCUUUCAGGCCCCAUCCAUUCUUCCCUUUCCAGCCUCUGUUUCUUAUCUCAACUUAAUCUCAGUGGAAACAGUCUCUCUUCUGUCAUACCCAACUUCAUAGGGAACUUGUCUUCUUUAACGUCACUAGCUCUCAGUGAUUGUGGAUUGCAUGGAAAAUUUCCGGAGAGUAUUUUCAGGCUGCCAAACCUACAAACCCUGGAUGUAGGAUACAAUCCACUUCUCACGGGUGAAAUCCCUCUAAACAAUACUCUCCGUGAGUUGUCCCUAUCCGACACUGGAUUUUGUAGCAACCUACGGGAUUCAUUCAGUAAUUCCAAACUGCUGACAAUGAUCAAGCUUAGCCAUUGCAAACUAGCCAGCCAAUUUCCAUCAUGGCUUGUGAAGCUCGAGAAAGUCAUGCAUUUGGAUCUUUCAAACAAUGGUUUCAGCGGACCAUUGCCAUCAUGGCUUGUGAAGCUCGAGAAACUCAUGUAUUUGGAUCUUUCAAACAAUGGUUUCAGCGGACCAUUGCCAUCAUGGCUUGUGAAGCUCGAGAAACUCAUGUAUUUGGAUCUUUCAAACAAUGGUUUCAGCAGACCAUUGCCAUCAUCGCUUGUGAAGCUGGACAAACUCAUGGUUUUGUGUCUUUCAUCCAAUAAUUUCAGCGGUCCAAUCCCAUCUUCCUAUGGCAACAAGUUUCAAAAUCUUCAACAGCUCAUGGUUAACAACAAUUCACUUAGUGGGACCAUCCCAUCAUCAUUGUUUUCACUUCCAUCAUUACGAGUGCUGUAUCUCCAAGAUAACCAAUUUAGUGGUCAACUUGACGAGUUCCAAUACACAUCCUCUUCAGUUCUAUGGAUCAUUGAUUUGUCCAACAAUUUACUCAAUGGGACCAUUCCAUCAUCAUUGUUUUCACUUCUAUCGUUGAAAAGGUUGUAUCUUCAAUAUAAUCAAUUGAGUGGUCAACUUGGUGAGCUCCACAACCCAUCCUCUUCUCGGCUUGAGAGAAUCCACUUGUAUAACAACAAGUUGGAGGGGCCUAUUCCGAUGUCCAUCUUUAAACUCACAAAACUUCAACACCUCUCUCUUUCAUCAAACAAUUUUAGUGGUAAUGUGGACCUUGGCUUAUUCCAGAACCUUAAGAACCUCUUGAGCCUGGAUCUUUCGGAUAACAACUUCUCAGUCCACGAUGGCAGAAGCAAUUCAACCUCCAUUGGAGAAGUUCCUUCACUUAUUUGCAAUUACACUUCCUUACAAGUCCUCGAUCUGUCUCAUAACCGCUUCAGUGGUUCUAUUCCACCAUGUUUUGGUCAAAUCAGUGAUGCCCUCAUUGUGUUGAAUCUUGGAGGAAAUGCAUUUCAUGGCCCGUUGCUUCAAACAUUCAAAGAGGAGUGCACUCUAAAGACACUCGAUCUCAAUGGAAAUCAGUUGGAAGGACAAGUGCCAAGUUCUUUGGCCAGGUGCAAGGAGUUGGAGGUAUUAAACCUUGGAAGCAAUCAAAUACAUGACACCUUUCCUUUUUGGAUGGAAAAUUUGUCUCAAUUGCGCAUUCUCGUCUUGGGAUCCAACAAAUUUCAUGGCACCAUUAGGCACCCCCAGGCAAAUCACUCCUUUCCAUUAUUACAAAUCUUUGAUCUCUCUAACAAUAGCUUCACGGGUAACUUGCCAUCAAAUAUGUUUCGGAGCUGGAAGGCAAUGACGGAAGCCAAAUCCCAAUCUCAAUUCCUUAGCAAAGUAUUUGGCAAUGGAUAUUAUCAAGAUAAAGUGACUGUAGUGAGUAAAGGGCAAAAAAUGGAAUUGGUAAAGAUCCUUAAUGCUUUCACGGUAGUGGAUCUCUCAAAUAACCAAUUUUAUGGGGAUAUUCCAAAACUGGUUGGGAAUUUAAAGUCGUUGGUUGUGCUUAAUAUGUCCUAUAAUCAUUUCACAGGCCGAAUUCCAGCAUCAUUCGGAAACAUUAAAGCUCUUGAGUCAUUAGAUCUGUCCCAUAAUAAUGUGUCAGGAGAGAUCCCUUGGCAGCUGACAAAGCUAAACUUCCUUGCCGUGCUGGACCUUUCGCAAAAUCUCCUCUCUGGAAGCAUACCCCAAGGUCAGCAAUUCAAUACAUUCACAAAUAAAUCUUUUCUUGGGAACUCGGGAUUAUGCGGCAUUCCACUGUCAAAGAAAUGUGAACACGUUGAGGCACAUGCAUCACCACCAUUGGCACAAUCGGAAAGCAAAUAUGACUGGAGAUCCAUGUGGAUUGGCUUUGGAGUUGGAUAUGGAGUGGGAAUGGGAAUCCUUUUUUGGACUCUAGCACUUUGGACAAAUGGAAUGAAAGAAUUCACUAUAUUUAUUGAUAAAGUGCUUAUGUUGAUUUUUCCAUGUGAGGCAUUUAUUCUAAUGCAUCGGUACUGA